AGUGUAUGUGUCUUGGCAGCAUCAACAUGGCAGCGUAAAUAGACGCGUGUGCACACAUGCUCGCGUGCGUGUGUAAUUUUGAGACUCGUCGCGGCGAGAGAGAGAGAGAGAGAGAGCAAAACGUCCUCGAAUUCUCGAAGUAUAGCAUAGUCGUAUAGUUAUAAUUUUCGGCGACCCCUUGCCGACCUUCGCCGUAUAACUCGAGUCUGAUACUCUGAUUCUCAGAGGACAAGAGCCAGCUCUAUCACCGACUUCUUGCUCCGAACGUGUUCCUUCGAGCUUCCUCGCUUGAAACAGCCAGUGCAUUGUGCGCAGGAGAGACAAGUUGAAUACACAGAGAAGAGCCGAAGAUGUUGAGUGUCGACGACAGAAAGACCAGAGGUCAUCAGCGCAGUCCGUCGGACACGCAGGCGUUCAAGGAAAGAACGAAGCGAGAUGCUCUCAUUGAUCUGGAGACUGAGCUGAGCAAAAUUUCGGCCUCUGCUACCAACCCACUCGAGAAGGAAGCCAUCGAACAACAGAACGAUGGUUUCAAGCGGCUUUUCGAGAGGUUCCUCGAGGAGGAUGGACCUUCGCUCAACUGGGACCAGAUUCAAAGAUUGCCAGAGGGGGCGAUUAAAAACUACGACAAUCUCCAAGACCCGGGAACGGAGGAGAUCAAACAGUUGCUGAGCAAAUUGGUCGUGGUGAAAUUGAACGGUGGUCUUGGAACGAGUAUGGGAUGCCACGGGCCAAAAUCCGUCAUUUCCGUUCGUAAUGGUCUUACGUUUUUGGACUUGACCGUUCAACAGCUGGAGAAUUUGAACAAAACCUACGGGUCCAACGUGCCUCUAGUCUUAAUGAAUUCCUUCAACACGGACGAUGAUACGCAAAAAAUCAUCAGGAAGUACAAAGGAAUCGAUGUUGAAAUCCACACGUUCAAUCAGAGCUGCUAUCCUCGUAUCAAUAAGGAAUCUCUGUUGCCAAUCGCUAAACACUGUAAAAUACACGACGACAUGGAAUCCUGGUACCCUCCUGGACACGGAGACUUUUACGAAAGUUUCAGGAAUUCGGGUUUAUUGAAAUUAUUCCUGGCUCAAGGGCGUCAAUAUUGCUUUAUUUCAAACAUCGACAAUUUAGGAGCUACGGUUGAUUUGAGAGUUUUGAGGCUACUGUUAGGACCUGAAAAUACCGCACAAAUUGAAUUCCUCAUGGAAGUGACAGAUAAAACGAGGGCAGACGUCAAGGGUGGCACACUAAUUCAGUAUGAAGAUAAACUUCGACUUCUUGAAAUAGCACAAGUUCCCAAAGAACACGUAGAAGACUUUAAAUCUGUGAAAACGUUCAAAUAUUUCAAUACGAAUAAUUUAUGGAUAAAACUCGCUGCUAUUGAAAGAAUUCUGGGUAGCGAUGGGCUUCAAUUGGAAAUCAUUGUAAAUAAUAAAACUUUUGAAAACGGUUUGAACGUGAUUCAACUCGAAACUGCAGUAGGUGCAGCUAUGAAAAAUUUCAACGGAGCUUGCGGUAUUCACGUACCACGUAGCAGAUUUUUACCCGUCAAAAAGACUUCAGAUUUGCUUCUUGUCAUGAGUAAUUUGUACAUAUUACGUAAUGGUUUCUUGUCAAUGUCACCGCAAAGGAUGUUCCCGACCACGCCUUUAGUUAAGCUUGGAGAUAACCAUUUUUCAAAGGUAAAAGAAUUUCUGAACAGAUUUCCAACGAUUCCUGACAUCUUAGAACUGGAUCACUUGACAGUUUCUGGCGAUGUCACAUUUGGCAGAAAAGUUACUCUAAAAGGAACUGUAAUCAUCAUAGCAAAUCAAGGAGAAAGGAUAGAUCUCCCAUCAGGCACAAUUCUCGAAAAUAAGAUUGUUUCUGGAAACUUGCGAAUUUUAGAUCACUGAUUUCAUUGUAUACGUGUAUUUGUAAUUAUUGAAAUUAGAUGUCCAUGUACGAAGUGCAGUCGAAAUACAAAAAUGUUUAUCUGUUCGGUGCAAGUGCUAUUAAGUCGUGAACAAUUUUAUAUAUAUAUAUAUUUUUUAAUUUGUAUUUGUUUUGGUUUUUAAAUUAUUGAAGAUUUUAAGCCGUUUAAUUCCUUGCAAUCGUACAUAGAGUUAGUAAAUUAGCAUUAGGUAUAUUAUUUUAUCUGAUUUAUGUUAAAAUUUGUUGAAUUUAUUAAUAAACACAGACCAAUUUAUGGUAAACUAUUUUACAAA